AUGGUAUUUAUGAGUGUUGGUGGUUGGACCUUUUGGAGGUUGUACGCGGGCGCAAUCAAGGUCCUCAUCCAGCUGCUGAGCUCGAAAAACACGGGCGUGAGAGAGCAGGCGGUGUGGGCGUUGGGGAACAUCGUGGGCGACGGACCACAGUGCAGAGACAGGGCCAUUGACGAAGGUCUCGUCAAGCCGCUGGUCGGCCUCCUCAGCGUCACCACGCCCGCAUCCAUCGCGAGGCAGGUGUGCUGGGUCAUCACCAACCUGUUUCGGGUCAAACACCCAGUCAUCUCGCCAGAUGAGAGGAAGAUGUGCGCCGAAGCUAUCAAGAGACUCGUGGCACACUUCGAUGCUAAGGUGCAAGCUGACUCCCUGUGGGCGGCGGCCUACUUCGCUGACAUGGGGCCUGACAGCAUCGACGAGCUGAUCGAGUGCGGCGCAGUGAAGGACAUGGUGCAGCGCCUCUACUCGCAGGAUGACAAGGUGGUCACGGCGGCGCUGAGGGCCACGGGGAGCAUCGCGGCGGGGGCCAACCACCAGACCGAGGCGGUGGUGACGUCAGGAGCGCUGCCCAUCUAUAGGGAUCUUCUAAGUCACUCCAACGUCGGAAUAGCCAGCGAAACGGCGUGGAUCCUCUCGAACGUGACAGCUGGAACCCCGAGCCAGAUACAGAUGGUGAUUGAUGUGCAGGUGGUGCCCGCUCUCAUGACGGCUGUUGAGAAGCGCAAUGAGGAGCUACAGAAGGAGGCGUCGUGGGCGCUUUGCAACAUGGCCUCGGGCGGCACGGAGGAGCAGAUCUCGAUGCUGAUUUCCUUGGGCGCUGUCUCCUCCUUCUGCCACUUGCUCAAGUCUCAAGACAUGGCGCUGGUCAUGCUGGGUCUGGAGGCCGUCAGUAACGUGUUUACGAAAUCCCAGAACGAGGAGGCGACCGCGCGCCUGGUGGAGGGCGUGGGCGGCCUCGAGACCCUCCGAAGCCUUCAGUCGAGCCAGGACCCGAAGGUGGCGCAGACGGCCUCCACGCUGCUCUCGCUCUUCUUCAGCAGCAGCAGGAGGAGCAGCUACGGAUACUAAUAAAGGGGGGGGAGGGGCUGUGCGGUGGCGGAACAGCUUUGUUUUUCUUAUACGUUUGUCGAAUCACGGAUGCCGCUUUGUUAAGAUGGGGUGGUACAUAGUUUUGUACAAGUAAAUGUGUGUGUGUGUGUGUG